AUGGAAACUUUUUUCUGGUAUUUCGCGUAUGGUAGCAAUUUAUUAGCUGAAAGAAUUCAUCACAGAGUAAGUUUUAAUUCUUUUUCGCAAACUUGCAAAUUUCAAAAACAAAGAUUUUCAGCAAAAAGGUGCCGAAUAUUUCUGCAAUGGAAAAUUGGAGAAUUUCGCGUUGCGAUUUGUGCAUAAUUCUUCGAGAUGGCAAGGUGCUUUGGCUACAGUUAUUGAAACUCCAGGAAAUGAUGUGUGGGGAUGUGUUUGGAAAAUACCAAAAGAAUAUUCGGAAUCUUUAGAUAAACAAGAAAGUGGUUAUCAUCGAUUGAAUGGUAAGCAAGGCUUAUAUUUUUGGGGUUACUUUGGAAGGUUGGAAUCAUACCCCCCGUUUGGGAUUUUCCAUUUCGAUGAUUUAGAACAAUCCAAUAAUGAUUUUUUUAGUGACACUUCAAACACCGGAAGGUCCAAUAACAUGUAGAACUUAUCAAUUUUCAAAUCUUCAAGCUAAUUUCACUCUUCCGUCGCCACAUUAUAAACUUGUUAUUGUCGAAGGUAAGUUCUAAAAUUUCUAAAUCUAAAUGCCUUAUUCAAAUUCUUUAACCCAUACUUUUCAGGUGGCAAAGAACACAAUCUCCCGGCAGAAUAUAUCAAAAAUCUUGAAGAAAUUCCUGAUAACAAAUUCCAAGGAAAAGUUGAAGUCGACAUUCCUAUCCUUGAAAAAUUGAACAGACAAACCGAACUUUAA